CGGGAGGAAUCAAAACUCGCCGAAACCAAGAACGCCGCCUCGGCGCGGCGAUUAAAAUAACAGUGACGGGGACCCUGGCACCACAGUGACUCAGAUGAACAGCAGCAGCAGGAGCAGCUGCAGGAGCCGGUCCCGAAGAAGUGAUGUGGACAACAGGAAGAACAGAGCAAGGAUGAUAUCUGGAAUCAUGAAAUAGAACUUAAACCGACUUCGUUCAUCGAUAUUUGUUUUCUUCUGGAACACGUGUAUAUGUUAACUGACAAAGAACUGCUCAUAUAUCAAGUAAAAAAAACCCGUUCAAAUGUCAACUUCGCAGAAGGGUCUUCGUCCGAAACGUUCGAUCGCUAUAGUGUCCUGCUAAAAAGUCGGUGUCGAUCACGAACGCUGCGGGGUGUUUUGUUUUUUAAAGGGGAUUUAUAAAGACGUCACAAAGUGAAGGCAGAAUUCAUCGCAGUCCGGGCUCCUGGAGGGAGGGCCGAGGAGGAGAGCAGAGGGCGGACGGUGAGGAAGAGGAGAAACAAUCCGUGGAACGGCUUCCCGGAGGGUCAUGGCGAGCGGCCCUUCCUUUCCCUUCACAUCAUCCGCGCUCCGGGCCUUCAGGUCGCAGGAGCUCGAGGAGCAGCGCUGGGCCCUGAGGCAGCGGCGCGUCCCCUCCGUUAGCAGCCGGGUUCAGCAACAGCAGCAACAGCAGCAGAAGCAGCAACAGCAGCAAAACGAGCAAAGGCAGCAGGCGGCGACGGGCAGCACUCCGUGGCGCGCCUCACAAGAGGAGCGGCUGGUGUGCCGCGACGUCGUCGUUCAUCACGCGCUGUUUGCCGGGGACUUGGCCCUCGUUCGCCGCAUCUUCAGGGAGCCCCUGGCGGCCAACGUGAUCGUGCAGUGUCCGGGCGACACGCAGGUCCCCACGGGUCCGCGAGCCUCGUGGAUGUUGCCGUGCCCCUCGCAGCUGGUCCUCACCACCCCGGCGCGCAUCGCCGCCAGCCGCGGUUACACCGACUGCCUGGAGCACCUGCUGCAGAGGGGCGCGAACCCGGACGCGAACCCGGGAGGAGACGCGGCGCUGCACGCCGCGUGCGAGACGGCGCAGGACGCGUGCGCGCGGCUCCUGCUGGAGUUCGGGGCCAACCCGAGCGCGUGCUCCGAGCGCGGACUCACGCCGCUGCACCACUGCACGUCGCCAGGGUCACUCGCAUGCGCGCGGUUGCUGUUGCAAUUCUCCGCCGACGUGAACGCGCAGUCGGAGGACGACGAGGAGGGAGACACGCCACUGCACGUGGCCGCGCGCCACGCGCUGCUCGAACACGCGCGCCUCUACCUGGCGCGGGGCGCGCACCCGGACGACGUGAACGCGCGCGGCCUCACGCCGCUCAUGCUCGUGUGCGCGCACCCGGGGGUCCCGGGAGACCCCGGCGCGCGCGUGCUCGCCGAGCUGGCGCGCGCGCUCGUUGCGGCGGGCGCGCGCGUGGACGCGCGCGACCCCGACUUGCUGACGCCGCUGCACGGCGCGUGCCGGGGCGCGCACGCCGCGCUCGCGCGCGUGCUCAUGGAGUGCGGCGCGCGCGUCAACGCGCUCGACUACAACGGCGUGGCGCCCCUGCAGAAGGUGCUACAGGUGGCCGCUUACCGACAGCAGCACAUUCCCGAGGUCGUGGUGCAGGACCUCCUCAACCGAGGCUCCGUCAAGGUGUGGCCGGGCGCAUUCCACCGGGUGCUGGAGUCGUGCUCCGAGGCUGUGAACACCGUGGAGGUGCUGCUGAACGUCUACGGCAGAAUCAAGAUCACGCACGCGUGGAGGCAGGCCAUCCCAGACGACACCUACCAGAGACACGCCGCCUUCUACGACUCCGUGUUCGCGCUGCAGGGGACACCGCGCGCCCUUCAGCACCUGGCUCGCUGCGCCCUGCGCUCACACCUGGACGCGCGCUGCGCCGAAGUCGUCCCUCGGCUCCCGCUGCCCCCAAGGUUGCAGAGUUACUUACUGCUGGAGCCCAGGGGUUACGUACACUAGACGGGGUGGUUGGUGGUGAUGGAGACCUCGUGAGUGUGGAAAAGCAGCAGCAGCAACAACACGGGGAUCCGUCACGGCAAGAGCGCCGUCUCGUGUUGGGUGACGAGACCCAGGGCUUCAUUUCCCCGACUCGGAAAAUAAUUCCGAUCACGCCGCACCACGUCCACUUUGGCUGGGGACGAUAGUCACGUGCCACCAACCGCUGUCUGCCAGCGAUCCCACUGGGAUUUUUGUGCACACAGCGUCGGUGGUGUACGAUGCUUUUUUCAGGAAUAUUUUGCUGUUUUUUUUUCAUGGAUUUUCUGUUUGCACAGUCACAUAGUCACUUUAAGGUGUUUUUCUUGUUCGUGUUUUUUUGUUUGUUGUGGUUGCACCCGAUUCAAGAGCCGAAUGGCUCACAGGGCUAUACAAAAAUAAAUAAAUAUAAACAUUUAGUGAGACUCCAGGGCUGAAACGACUCCGCAGGUCACUAGUAGCUCCACAGCGACAUAUUCCAUGGCCGUUCCAUGACACGAGGCUCUGCUCACUGAAAGGGUUUAAAAUGAUGUCUCGUCAUCUCUCGAUUAACUACAAGAGCACAAUGUGAAUUAUAUAGUCAUUCGAGUGUAAAUAGGCGAUAAGCUGUGUGCACUGGCGGAGCCAGUGGGGG